AUGAGCCUGAAUCUCUUCAAGACCACUGUCAAUGAUUAUUUAGAAGGCCUUCCCGAACAAGUUCAGUCAAGGCUCUAUGAGUCUCCAGCAACAUGUUUAGCAAUUUAUAGGUUACUUUCUCCAAUGGCUAAAUUCUUUAUGAUGUCGAUGUUAUUCCAAGAUCACGAUGUUUCUUUGAGAGAUCUAGAUAAAUGGGUGAAACAUGAUGCCAAGUUCCAACUUCAGUACUCGAUCAAGUCUAUGAAGUCUUUAAAUCUUAUCAUAGAAGGUGAAUCAAAACAACCGUUCAUGAUUCAAUUAAACCCCAUUUUUAAGAAGUCAUUCAAAAAUGUUUUGACUGGUGGAGAAAUUAAUAAUUCCUUUGGUGAUGUUACAGAUGAUGAUAAUAACGUUUCUAUUGUCAUGUUGGAUGAAUAUAGCGCCGAGAAAUGGGAAAAUAUUUUACACUAUAUGGUCGGGACGCCUAAUACUAAUGCACCUGGUGGUAAAGUUCUUGAUCUAUUACAACAUAGUGGUUUGAUGGAAGAAGCGAACUAUGGCGAGUUGAAGAUCACAAACCAAGGUUUUCAGUUCUUGUUGCAAGAUGUCAAUGCACAGAUAUGGACACUACUUCUUCAAUAUUUGAAGAUGGCUGAAACUUUACAGAUGGACCCUGUUGAUGUUUUGAAUUUUAUUUUCAUGUUAGGUGCAUUACAAUUGGGGAAAGCUUACAAGGUAGAUAUGUUGAGUAAUACUCAAAGGAUCAUGUUACAAGAUAUGAGAGACUAUGGUUUAAUUUAUCAGAAUCAGUCCGACUUCAAGAAAUUCUAUCCAACAAGAUUGGCCACAUUACUAACAUCUGAUACAAAAGCAUUCAGAAGUGCAUCAGUAGCCUUGGAUAGCGUUUUACACAAAGCCAAUGAUGGAGCUGCAGCCACAGAAGGUGAAGGGCUUCCAGAUGAGUCUGCGGAACAAACUCAAGAUGGUGCUUUAAUUAUAGAAACAAAUUUCAAACUUUAUUCAUAUUCUAAUUCUCCAUUACAGAUUGCAAUCUUAUCAUUGUUCGCACAUUUGAAAUCUAGGUUUGCCAAUAUGGUCACAGGCCAAUUGACUAGAGAAUCAGUAAGAAAUGCAUUGUUGAAUGGUAUCACUGCAGAUCAGAUUAUUGCAUAUUUGGAGACCCAUGCACAUCCAAAGAUGAGGCGAUUAGCAGAGGAAAACUUGAAUAAAAAACUAGAACUUGAUUCAUCCACAAAUGAGACCCUUCAAGUUUUACCGCCAACUGUUGUGGAUCAAAUCAGAUUAUGGCAACUUGAAUUGGACAGAAUCAUGAGUUACGAAGGGUAUUUGUACACUGACUUCGACUCAUAUCAGGAAUAUCAGACUGUGGUUGACUAUGCUAAAGAUAUUGGUGUGUUGUUAUGGCAAAAUGAUAAAAAGAAGAUGUUUUUUGUAUCCAACGAAGGCAAUUCUCAAGUGCUUGAUUUUCAUAGACGAAACUUUAAAAAAUGA